GACCUGGAAACCUGGCCGGCGUCCAGCACAUCCUCCUCGUCCUCUCGGGGAAGGGAGGCGUUGGGAAGAGCACCCUCUGCACCGAGCUGGCUCUGGCCCUGCGCCACGCGGGCAAGAAGGUGGGAAUCCUCGACGUGGACCUGUGUGGGCCCAGCAUCCCCCACAUGCUGCGGGCGCAGGGCAGGCCCGUGCACCAGUGUGACAGCGGCUGGGUGCCCGUGUUCCUGGACCAGGAGCAGAGCAUCGCCCUCAUGUCUGUGGGCUUCCUGCUGGAGCGGCCAGACGACGCUGUGGUGUGGAGGGGCCCCAAGAAGAGAGCACUCAUCAAGCAGUUUGUGUCCGACGUGGCCUGGGGGGAGCUGGACUACCUGGUCGUGGACACGCCCCCGGGGACCUCUGACGAGCACAUCGCGGCUGUGGAGGCCCUGCGCCCCUACAGGCCCCUAGGAGCCCUGGUGGUCACCACCCCGCAGGCGGUGUGUGUGGCUGACGUGCGGCGGGAGCUGACCUUCUGCAGGAAGACAGGGCUGCAGGUGGUCGGGGUCGUGGAGAACAUGAGCGGCUUUGCCUGCCCGCACUGCGCGGAGUGCACCAACGUCUUCUCCAGGGGCGGUGGGGAGGAGCUGGCCCGGCACUCCGGCGUCCCCUUCUUGGGUGCUGUGCCCCUGGACCCCGCACUCACGAGGAGCCUGGAGGAGGGCCGUGACUUCAUCCGGGAGUUCCCCCAGAGCGCUGCGUUCCCUGUGCUCACCUCCAUUGCCCAGAAGAUUCUAGACAGCACGCCUGCCCCGCCCCCCUGACCGAGGCCAGUGUGCAGCUGCCUGCUGCCACGUGGGCCCCGGGUCCUCAGCCCCGCCCUGGGUCGCUGGUGGCACCCCAGCUGGACCUGCUGAGCCCGGCUUUGCCUGGUGCCGUGGCCCUGGGCUCACCUUGGCGCGUGGCCUUGGGGUGGCAGCGGUCUGUGUCCCUGAUGGCCAGCCGCCACUGAGCGCCAAGGCCACGCCGCUUACACAGUGCAUUCACUCAGCGGUGGGAGAGGAGCCGCCUGCAGCCUGGGGUCAUUGAGUAGUUGGGUAGUUGCCCUGCUCGGGGGCAGCCCAGGGGGUGGCAGGCUGACCUCAGGCACGUCUUGUAACUUUUGAGGAAGUACCAUUAAAUGGGCCCACGGCGCCCCAAGUCUC